AUGGUUCUUGCCGAUCUUGGUCGACGUCUUUCGACAGCGUUAAGAAAUUUAAGUAAUGCAACAAUUAUUAAUGAACAAGUUCUAAGUGAAGCAUUGGGAGAAAUCUGUCGUGCUCUAUUGGAAGCUGAUGUUAACGUACGCUUAGUUAAACAAUUACGUGAAAAUGUCAAACAAGCAAUAAACUUCGAAGAAACUGCUGUUGGUUUGAAUAAACGUCGACUGAUUCAAUCAGCUGUUGUUAAAGAACUCGUUCGACUUAUUGAUCCUGAAGUAAAACCAUGGCAGCCAGUCAAAAAUAAACCGAAUAUUGUUAUGUUUGUUGGUUUACAAGGUAGCGGUAAAACCACGACAUGUACAAAAUAUGCUUACCAUUAUAUGAGACGUGGCUGGAAAACAGCAUUAGUUUGUGCUGAUACAUUUCGUGCUGGUGCAUUUGAUCAAUUGAAACAAAAUGCAACUAAAGCACGUAUACCAUUUUACGGCAGUUACACAGAAAGUGAUCCAUUAGUAAUCGCUGUGGAUGGUGUUGAGACAUUUCGUAAAGAUAAUUUUGAAUUAAUUGUUGUUGAUACAAGUGGUCGACAUGCACAAGAAGAAUCAUUAUUCGAAGAGAUGCUUCAAAUUUCGAACGGAAUUCAACCUGAUAAUAUCAUUUUCGUUAUGGAUGCUAGUAUUGGUCAAGCUUGCGAAUUACAAGCACAAGCAUUCAAAUCAAAAGUAGAUGUUGGUUCAGUUAUUGUUACUAAACUUGACAGUCAUGCUAAAGGUGGUGGAGCUCUAAGCGCUGUUGCUGCAACAAAAAGUCCAAUCAUAUUUAUUGGUACAGGUGAACAUAUCGAUGAUUUUGAAGUAUUUAAAACGAAACCAUUUAUCAGCAAAUUAUUGGGUAUGGGUGAUAUACAAGGUUUAGUUGAAAAAGUCAACGAUCUAAAAUUGGAAGAUAAUGAAGAAUUAAUUGAAAAAUUGAAACAUGGUCAAUUUACGUUGCGUGAUAUGUAUGAACAGUUUCAAAACAUCAUGAAAAUGGGUCCAUUCGGACAGAUAAUGGGCAUGAUUCCUGGGUUUGGCACUGAAUUUAUAUCGAAAAGUGGUGAACAAGAAUCACAAGCGCGUUUGAAAAAAAUGAUGUGUGUUAUGGACAGUAUGAACGACAAUGAACUUGAUCAUCUUGAUGGAGCCAAACUAUUUAAAAAUCAACCUGGUCGGUAUACGCGUGUUGCUCGCGGAGCUGGUGUUUCCAUACGCGAUGUACAAGAUUUAAUAGCACAAUAUUCAAAAUUCUCACAAAUGGUUAAGAAGAUGGGUGGUAUUAAAGGUCUAUUUAAAUCAGGUGAUAUGACCAAAAAUGUUAAUCCAACACAAAUGCAAAAAUUAAACAGUCAAAUGAGUAAAUUGAUUGACCCCAGAAUUUUACAUCAAAUAGGUGGUACAUCGGGUUUAUCAUCAAUGAUGCGACAAUUUCAGCAAGGCGGUGGACCUGGUGGACUUGGUAAAUUGUUUGGUGGUGAUAAAUAA